AUGCCUCAAUUCCUCGGCGUCGAAUGGGUCGACAUAUUCUCCUCGUUGGAACGGAAAAAGACGUAUUUCGGUGUCGUCUACCACUUCAUUCUCACCUACCCGCUCGGCCUAUUCGUCACCAUUUUGCCGUUUUUCUUGCUUUUCACAUUCCAAUGGUACCUGCUGGCGCUCUACGGAUGCUGGUACCUCUACGACAUCAACUCGCCGAAACGAGGUGGAUAUGCGAGUGAAUGGGUUCGCAGAUGGCGUGUCAACGACUGGUUUGCCCAAUACUUCCCAAUCAACCUCCACAAAACUGCCGAAUUGUCACCCGAGAAUAAUUACCUAAUUGGUUGUCAUCCACACGGAAUUAUCGCAAUGGCCGCAUGGGCUAAUUUCGCUACAAAUGGAACGGGAAUCUACGAAAAGUUCCCGAAUAUUCGAUGGAAUUUGUGCACGUUGGCUUUGAAUUUUAAGAUGGCAAUCCGUCGUGAACUUCUCCUCCUCACCGGUCUAAUCGAUUGCUCGCGCGAGUCGAUCGAAUACGUUUUGGACAAAUCAGGCGAAAAGGGACGGGCGGUCGUUUUGGUGAUUGGUGGAGCAGAAGAAGCGUUGGAUGCUCAUCCCGGAUAUCAUGUGCUCACACUGGCGUCGAGAAAAGGAUUCGUGAGGGAGGCGUUGCUGACUGGAGCACACUUGGUGCCGGUCUACUCGUUCGGAGAGAAUGAUGUUUUUGAGCAGAUGGACAACCCGAUCGGCUCAAAACUGCGUAACUUCCAAGAGUGGUCGAAACGGAUCUUCGGAAUCUCGUAUCCGAUAUUCCAUGGACGUGGAUUCCUCCAGAUGACGUUCGGUUAUCUUCCAUUCCGAAAACCAAUCGAUACCGUAGUCGGCGCGCCGAUCCACGUGAAGAAGGUGGAGAAUCCGACGAAAGAGCAAAUCGAUGAGCUCCACUCGAUUUAUAUUAUGAAGUUGAAUGAGCUCUUCGAUGAGCACAAAGGACGGUUCGGAGUGGCGGAGGAUACGAAAUUGGUGUUGAAAUAA